ACCCAAACCCAAGCCUUGAUGGGCAGAUUAACGUUCCCUGUAACUGUAACGCCUGUCCCUGAAGCCACGGGGAACUCCUCCCUCCCUCAUGCUUCUUUCUCUCCAUCUCUUCCUCCCUCAUCAACUUAGAUCACCAUCUCAUGGCGUCGUCUCAACCCCGGCCAUUACCGAAAUUCGGCGAAUGGGAUGAGAAGAAUUCAUCUGCAGAUUCAUACACGGUGAUAUUCGCAAAGGCAGGGGAUGAGAAGAGAGCCAACUCAACCGGCACCGGUGCACAACAGAAGAAUAACAAAGGUCCUCCUCCCUCUCAACCGCCGCCGCCUAAACAUGAAAUGGAGCCAACGCCGUCUAGAUUUUGCUGUUUCUGAAGAUUAUUAAGGUGCCAUUGUCAACAAAAUUUCAGGCGAUGCUGUGUGGUUCUUGAUGGAUUCAUGAAAGCUUCAAAAGAAUGAUGGCUGGUUUGAUUGAUGGUGAGACCAAGGUUAGGGUUUGUCAAUUCGCUUUUUCCAUUCACCGUGAACCCGAGAACUACAAGACUAUCUAUCUUGUUUAUGAUUAGUGAGUUUAUAGGGCUUAUUAGAUUGUUCGAUAAACGUUUGUAUGGCAUUAGAAUAUUUUCAUAGGUCAU